AUGCGACCAAUUGACGUUACACCAACAAAUGCCUUGAAGCUCUUAACAACGGUUUAUAAUCACGUAAAGAUUGCCGCUCCCGCACAAUUCAGAGUGGGAGAUGCGGUACGUGUGAGCAAAUUCAAAACAAUUUUUGAAAAAAGUUACACACCUAAUUGGGGUACUGAAAUAUUUACGAUCGCCGAGAUUCAGAAAACUAAUCCCGCAACGUAUCUGCUAAAAGAUGUUUAUGGAAAACCAAUUGCUGGAGGAUUCUAUGAACACGAGUUGCAAUGCGUUGCCGACACUGAUGUGUACCUUGUGGAAGUGUUACGUCGGAAAGGAAAUAAGGUGUACGUGAAAUGGUUAGGAUUGAAUAGUGCACACAAUUCAUGGAUAAAUAAAGAUAAUUUAUUGUAA